CUCGCUGCCAUAUAUAACCUACUUUAGGCCAGAGGGUAGGUGGUGUAUCCCGGUGCCAACGAGUCAACGCGAGAAGCCAUGAUGUGUUGCCCUUCGCCUUAGCUCGCCUACGAGAAUGCCGAAGGGCUGUCCCUCCUUCCGUAAGAGGACGGGCACGGAGGAGACGAAGCGUACAGUGCACAUAAACGCGAGUCACCAUGAGCACCUGGAGCUGCUCCACCAGCACUAUAAGGGCAAUGCCACUUCCACCACCAAAUACAACGUCUGGACCUUCCUCCCUAAGGCGCUCUUUGAGCAGUACAGGCGUGUUGCAAACAUCUACUUCACUAUCGUGGCAGCGCUUUCGCUGACACCUUUCUCGCCUGUGCGCGCGUGGACGACAUGGACGCCCCUCAUCAUCGUGUUGGGCGUGGCUAUGGUCAAGGAGGCUGCCGAGGACUACAAGCGCUACAAGCAGGACAAGGAAAUCAACAACCGUGCCGUGGAGGUGAUGGACCCGGCCACCGGCCAGUAUGUCACCAAGAUGUGGAAGGACGUGCGGGUGGGGGACCUCGUCGUGGUGACAAAAGACCAGCAGUUCCCCGCGGACCUGCUGUUCCUCACCUCGGAGACGGAGGAGGGGACGUGCUACAUCGAAACCAUGAACCUGGACGGCGAGACCAACCUCAAAAUCAAGAAGGCCCCUGAUGAGACGAAGGACCUGAACCAGAUGGACUUCGCGUCCUUCAAGAACGCCACCAUUGAGUGCGAGGGCCCCAACGCGCGCCUGUACCAGUUCACAGGCAACUUGCUGCUGGACGGGAAGACCCUGCCCAUCAGCCCCGCUGCCAUCCUGCUGCGCGGCUGCAACCUGCGCAACACGGACAAGGUGGUGGGCGCCGUCAUCUACGCAGGCCACGAGACUAAAAUCUUUAAGAACGCGGCACCCGCGCCCUCAAAGCGCAGCCGCGUGGAGCGCAUCGUGGACAAAAUCAUCUUCUUCAUGUUUGGCCUGCUGUUCUCGUUCUGCAUCAUUGGCGCGGUGUACUUCUCCAUCUGGACGGAGAAGAAGUCGCCCAACCACUGGUACGUGGGCUCAGCCAACGCCACGGGCCAGUACGCGCAGUACGCCCCCGGCAACCCGGCUUUCGUGGGCUUCGCCUCCUUCAUCACCUCGUUCAUCCUGUACGGCUACCUCAUCCCGAUUUCGCUGUACGUGUCGAUGGAGCUGGUGAAGAUUGCGCAGUCCAUGGGCUAUAUCAACCUGGACCGUGACAUGUACCACGCGGAGACGGACACGCCCGCGCUGGCGCGCACGUCCAACCUGAACGAGGAGCUGGGCAUGGUGAACACAAUCUUGUCGGAUAAGACCGGCACGCUGACACGCAACGUGAUGGAGUUUUUCAAGUGCUCCAUUGCGGGCGUGCCGUACGGGGCGGGCAUUACGGAGAUCGAAAAGGCGAAUGCGCUCAGGAAGGGCCAGGUUCUGGACGACCGCGAGCGGCCCGACGCGGCCAAGUUCCGCGAGCGCUUCUUCAACUUCUACGACGACCGCCUGAUGGGCGAGGCGUGGUACAGCGCCAAGGACCCCGUCACCAUCGAGAUGUUCUUCCGCCUGCUGGCCGUGUGCCACACCGUCAUCCCCGACGGCCCCACAGAUGAGAAGAGCAUUAAGUACGAGGCCGAGUCCCCCGACGAGGCUGCGCUGGUGGUGGCUGCCAAGGCGUUUGGCUUCUUCUUCUUCAAGCGCACCAACACCACCAUCACGGUGCGCGAGCGCACGCCGCGCGGCACCGCGGACGUGGAGUAUGAGGUGCUGAACAUCCUGGAGUUCAACUCCACCCGCAAGCGCAUGAGCGUAGUGGUCAAGGAGAAGGCCAAUGACAAGAUCAUCAUCUUCUGCAAGGGUGCGGACACGGUCAUCUACGAGCGCCUGGACCCCAACUACGCGCCUAACGAGGAGAUGAAGACCACAACCUCACGGGACAUGGAGAACUUUGGUGCCGCAGGCCUGCGCACGCUGUGCCUGUCGUACGCCGAGGUGGACCGCGACUGGUACACCAAUGUGUGGAUGCCGGAGUGGGUCAACGCCAAGACGUCGCUGGAGGACCGCGAAAACAAGGUGGGCGAGGUCAGCGAGAAGAUCGAGCGCAACCUGCGGCUGCUGGGCUGCACGGCCAUCGAGGACAAGCUGCAGGAGGGCGUGCCGGACUGCAUCCGGAUGCUGGCGCUGGCGGGCAUCCGCAUCUGGGUGCUCACCGGCGACAAGAUGGAGACGGCCAUCAACAUCGGGUUCGCCUGCUCGCUGCUCACGGAGGAGAUGCACCAGUUCACCAUCAGCGUGUAUGGCGUGGAGGAGAUUGAGAAGGCGGAGAAGGCGGGCAACAAGGAGCUGGCGGAACAGCUGAGCCACGCGGCGGUGGCCAACUCCAUCAAAACGAUCGAGGAGACCAUGACCUCCAAGUCGGAGGGCUCGCGCUUCGCCAUAAUCAUCGACGGCAAGGCGCUGAGCUACGCGUUGUCCAAGGACCUGGCGGCGGGCUUCCUCAAGAUCGGCCUGCGCUGCAAGGCAGUUGUGUGCUGCCGCGUGUCGCCGCUGCAGAAGGCGCAGGUGACCAAGCUGGUGCGUGACCACGGCGACACCACGCUGGCGAUUGGAGACGGCGCCAACGAUGUGGGAAUGAUUCAGAUGGCGCACAUCGGUGUGGGCAUCAGCGGCCAGGAGGGCAUGCAGGCGGUCAUGUCGGCGGAUUUCGCCAUCGCGCAGUUCCGCUUCCUGGUGCCGCUGCUGCUGGUGCACGGGCGCUACAGCUACAAGCGCAUCACGCGCAUGGUGCUGUUCUUCUUUUAUAAGAACAUGCUGUUCGGCGUGACCAUCUUCGUGUUCAACGCCUUCAACGCCUUCUCCGGGCAGUUUAUCUACAACGAUUUCUACAUGACGCUGUUCAACGUGGUGUUCACAGCUCUGACGCCCGUGGUAAUCGGCAUCUUCGACCGCGACGUGGACAAGGCCAUGGCGCUCAAAUACCCCGGCCUGUACAUGCAGGGCCAGCGCAACGAGUACUUCAACUUCAAGGCCAUUGCGCUGUGGCUGCUGUCGUCCAUGUACCAGUGCUGCGUCAUCAUGGUGUUCGUGCUGAUCGGCUGCAACUCCACCGAGGUGGACCGCGACGGCGGCAACCCCUACACCAUGUGGCAGACGGGCGUGCUCAUGUACUCGUGCGUGGUCAUCACCGUGCACUUCCAGGUGGUGCAGGUCAUCGAGCAGUGGUCGUGGCCCUACCACGUUGCCAUCUGGCUCAGUCAGAUCGUGUGGUGGCUGUACCUGCUGGCGUACGGCGCCUUCCCGCUGUACUUCAGCUCCGACCUGUACAACCUGUUCGUGGGCAUCGUGGCGCCGGGCCCGCAGUACUGGCUGUACUGCCUGCUGAUCCCCUGCGCCUGCCAGCUGCCCGACUUCUUCGCGCGCAUGGUCAAGAAGCUGGUGUCGCCGUUCGACCACACCAUCGUUGCGGAGAUCCAGAAAAAGCUGCAGCGCGCCGGCCGCAGCCUGGCGGAUGAGAGGGGCCAGGAGCCGCCGUCCAUCCUUGCCGGCAUCUUCAGCGGCCAGGCCAACAAGAACCGCGGCUUCGUGCCGCCCUACGACCCCCGCUCCAAGUUCUACGGGCUGGUCAGCUCUGGGGCGCGCAACUCGGGCCGUAUCGACACGGGCGUGCGCAACCCGGUGCUGCAACACCUGGACCAGGAGCUGGCGGACAACCCCUACCGCUCCGGUCGCAAGAAGGGGCUGCCGGGGAUAUCGCCAAAGGGAUCAUCUGCCACUGCCGCCGCGGCCAGCGCCGCGUCGGCCGGCAACGUCCAGCCAGUGGCGGCUGCAGCUGCCAAUGGUGCCGCUGACGCAGCGGCCGCAGCUGCUGCCGCUGCUGCGGCGGCGACCACGGCCACGGCAGCCGCGGUCGCUGGAGCGGCUCCCCCCGCUGCGCCGCCGCCAGCAGUAAGGUCCCCGGCGGCGCGUGUGCUGCCGCCGGUUAUCCCGCCGGGCGGCCACCCCAACGGCCGCGCACCCGGCCGGCUGCCGCCCAUGGGCACGCCGCCGGUGGGGCUCACUGGCGCGGAUACCAUGCCCUCGAACAACAGCGAUGCGCCUGCCGCCAGCAGUGUGCCCAUGCCGCCACCGCCGGCCGUGGGCUUGGCGCCCAACCCACGCUCCAAGAAUAAGUUGCCGCCGCUCAUCCACGGCGGCGCCUCGAGCCCGGCCCUGGCGGCCACGGCAGCGGCGGCGCCGGGUGCGAUUGCCAGCCCUGGCGCACCUGCACUGGCCCCGCCCGCCACGGCGAACCCGCAGGAGCGGGAGAUCUUGGCGACAUACACAGACGCUCUGCAGCGUUAAGUCCAAUCGGGCUUACCUGCAUACACGGUACAGAGCCAGGUGCUGUGUGCGGUGGAGGGUUCAGGGGCAGGCUACGGACGCGUUGACGUUUGUUUUACCUUAUUGUGAUGACAUGUGUGCGACUCGCCGUGGCGCCGCCAAAGGGCCAGUGAUUAUCGUAUUAGGACGGUGCCCGGACUACCAAGUGCAUGUGAAGGAGUUAGGAGUGGGUGAGGGAUGCAGAUGCACGAAACCUGGGGGAACCUGCCCUGCACGGAACUGCAUAGCCAGGUGGUAAGAUAUUAGGAGCACAGGGGACCGUGAGUGCCAGGCAUCCUAGGGAACGAGCGCAUCCUAGCUGCAAGCUAGGUGACGAUGGGCCGUGAGGUUUGCGCUGCAUGUCCUAGGUGACGGUGUUACAAGCAGGCGUGGUAUGCAACGGGUGCGAUAAGGGUGCGAUGGGACAUGGCAAGGGGCAGGUUGGCGUAGUCCAACGUGCAGUGGUUGCAAUGGGACAGGGCAAAGUGGCUGAUAUAGCAGAGUCCCAAGAAACAAAUUGCACCCAGCCCAAGCAUCGACCUGCAAUGGGUGUUGGAUGACACUGUGCUUGAGCCCAACCUUCUUAACAUUAUCGCACAGGGGCCCUGGCAGAACGUCAGGGCUUUGGGCAGCAGGGACUCGAAGCGAGGAAGAGCCGGUAUGCCUUCAGGCGGUACACGGCAAGAAGAUGUGCAGCUCUUUGACGGCAAGCACGUGUAAGGUCCACGUGAC